CCCAGCGAAGUUCUCUGAAGCCCCCCAGCAUGCACCUCGCGUUCCUACGGCACCUAGACUACGCGUCGUACACCCUGGCUGAGAUCUCUGCCCACGGGAAAGUGUAGCUGGCAGGAAUUGUGCCGCCAAGGGCUAGCAAAUCUCCGCCAACAAAGUGCUUUUCUUGCAAAGCGGAGGAACUCCGCUAGUGUUCGCUGUAGAGCGAGAAUUGGAUCCGCCAGCUCCGUGGGUGUCACGUUGUACGGCGAUCGACGAAAAUGAAGCUAGUGGAGAGAGUACCCGGGGUGGCGGCGCUUCUUCUCCUCGCUGCCCCGUGCUCCAUUGGGGCCGGUGAAGUGUUGGUGACCUGCGGAAGCGUGAUCAAGCUCAGGCACGACACGACCCGCUUCCACCUGCACUCGCACGUCAUCAAGUGGGGCGGCGGCAGCGGGCAGCAGAGUGUGACGGGGCACGGCGGCGAGGACGACCAGGGCUCUAUGUGGAUCGUAAAGGAGGGCGACGGAGCGUUGCCGUGCGAGGUGGGACAGCCCAUGGCGUGCGGCAGCGUGGUGCGGCUAGAGCACGUCUCCACCGGGAAGAACCUGCACUCUCACAACUUCAAGUCUCCGCUAACGCGUGGCCAGGAGGUCAGUGCGUUCGGAGACAGCGGCGAGGGGGAUGCGGGAGACUCGUGGGAGGUUACGUGCGUUCACAAGGGCAGCGAAAACUGGGCACGAGACGAGUCCGUCAGGCUCAAGCACGUCUCCACCAAAAAGUACCUCCACACGACGAGCGGGAGCAAGUUCACCCAGUCGAAUUGCCCCAACUGCCCCAUCAUCGGGCAGAGCGAGGUGACCUGCACUGGAUCGGCCACCUCCUCUUGGAAGGCUGACCAGGGAAUCUUCCUCGGCGCGACGUCUUAAAGGCUUAAAAUACAGAACCAAAAACCAACAGUCAAGAUAUCAUCUAGCAUGAAUGAGAGACUGCUGCUUUGUAGGCAGCAUUUUCCAGGACCGUCUCUGCUGUGUGUUCGUGUGUGUUUGCGUCGACACCGCUCGCGAUAAGCGUGGUUGUCGUCCGCGAUUGGUUCAGAACCAAGUUCAAGCCCCCCAAUUACAGCCGGUGAAAAACGAAUCUCUUUGCUCGUUUCGCUGAGAACUGGUUUGGAGGGGAGGGGCAACCUUCUCGCGCUGUUCAAAGGGGAAGGGGAACCUGCAGGUAGCUGUUAUGUAUCACACGUUCGUGGCCGAACCCCACUUGUGCGCCGGGCACACACGUUGGUUCGUGGUGUCGUCGUUGUCGUGCAGGCAUCUACUAAGAGCUCUCGCCGCCGCGUCGCGUAUCGUCGACCAUAGACUUUUGAUACGGGUGUUUGUUCGGACUCGGUUCUGAUGGAUACACAUGCGUGCCUCCUCGGGGCACAUCCUCGCCAGUGUCGUCGGAGUUUUGCCGCGUUUCGCUCUCUGCCUGCACGUCCGUGAUUGCCCUUGUGUCGGGACUUCUUGACAUGCCUGGAGGCGACGUUCCUUGGGGAUGGGAGAGGUUCCUUCGGCGGUAGCUUUCGGUCGUGAUCCAGCGUUGCCGUACGUGAGUUUCUUGUUCCGAUCUCGGACACGUAGCAGGUUCCUGAGGUUUAUGGUGUAAACCGACCCCCACUGCAACAGGUGCGAGAAAACGGCGUUUGUUUUUGGUUUUCUUCAUGUGUCCUAAUCGUAACGUUUCAGGACAAAAAAAACGGGCGGUAGAAUAUUAUGCGGUUGUAUUUUAAGAUUAUGAGUUGUGCGAUGAAUUAGCGUGCACCUUCCGCCCCUCUAAUUUUUCGUCGGGCUGCUUUGGCUUGUGAUAGUACGGCAUUUGGCAGAAGGCUGGCGAUACGAGUGGGUAGACACGAUAAACAACCAGCACUGCAAUGCUGUGUGCCUUUCUUGCGGCUGGUGCAGUUUGGACGAGUGACCGUGGACCGGUGCAAACCUGAUGUCAUCGGUGCUGUGGAGGAGGUAUUUGUGGUGAAGUAGGACUACUGUAGGAAGGAAGCUGAGGAGGGGGGGGGGGUGACCACGCGUCCUCGGGAUGUAGGUGGUGGUUGGGGGAACCUUCACAAAGACGAACUGGAUGUAUUUUUGUUCGGUUGGAAAUAGUUGUGUGGCUAACUCCGUGGCGGAGAGGGAAAAGGGGGGGGAUUGUUUGGAGCUCGACACGUGGCUCGAUCGUUUCCAUCAACGGCAAAUAUUUUUCAACCGAGGGCUGUCCUAAGAUCGAUUGUGGGGUUUGGAAUUAGCUCGACGUCCUUGCACCCCUUAUCGUAGCAGCUCUGUCACACUUCCUGGAUUUGGGGAUACAACGAAGGUCCCUCGCGGCCUGUCCAGGGUUCGCUUGAAGUUCGCAAUCAUAAGAAACAACGCCAUGAACGGGGAAAAAGAAGGUAUCCUUGAGCUUUGUUUUUCUCCAAGUGGAACACAAAGUUUAAUUUUUCUCCGAAUGAUGGCAUUAAACCUCGUUGAAACCC